AUGGAAUUAGGGCAGCAGCGACCAUCUCAGCUGCUGGCCAAGAUGAAUGAGCUCGCGAAGAACUCGGGCGCCGAAGGUGACAGGCUUAAGAAUUUGUGGCUAGCGCGACUGACGGCAUGGGUACGCGCAAUCUCGAGCAACAACAGAGCAGACACGAAACUUGAGGACCUCGCCGAGAUGGCCGACAAGGUGAUUGACAAUCUACGCAAUGGGGAGCUGUUGGCCGUGGACGCCGGCUCUGCCCGCAGCUUGUCGUCGAACCCAACCGUAGCAGAGGUGAACGUCGAGCUGCUAACCCAAAUGAAAACCAUGGCACUGGAGCUCAAGAAGCUGCGCAGUGAGGUAAACGCCAUCAACAACCGCCGUCAUAGUAAUGGUGGUAGGCGAUGGGCGCCCUGGGAUAUGUAUGAACGAGGCAUUUGUAACUAUCUCCAGUAA